AUGGCUUCUCACGAGCCUGAUAUUUUCUCUCUUCUACCCGGGCCUGUUUUAGAAAUUACCAUAACUCAGCUGGAUCUCGCAUCUCUCCACAAUCUUUAUCGAUCGUCGUCAACCAUAUUUUCCCUACUACAUGACGAUGACGGCAGAACGGCUCGCAAAACUAUUGAGAUGAUCGUACAGCUGAGGGUUCCUGAUGAAACCCAGAUCGUCAUUCGCAAGUUCGCUUUCCUACGAUGGGCAUUCGCUUCAUAUCGUCGUUAG